AUGACUAGUGAUCCGCCAAGUAUUACUAUUGAAGAUGAAUUACUUCAACCUGAAAUUUGUGAAAAUGAAUUCACUAAGCCAAAGAUUAUUCCAAUUUCAACAAAAUAUGGUCAUCUUAUAAUAACACAACAAGGUCCACCGGAUCGUCCAGUAAUUGUUACUUAUCAUGAUGUUGGAUAUAAUUCUGCAACACAAUUUCAUCAAUUUUUUUCAUAUCCAGAAAUGUCCCCGGUCACUGAACAUUUUACUAUUUAUCAUAUUAAUGCACCUGGACAAGAUGAACAAGCUAAUCUAUUACCAACAUCAUUUGUUUAUCCUACUAUGGAUCAAUUAGCUGUAACAAUUAAUGAUGUAUUUGUGCAUUUAGAUAUUAAAUCUGCUAUUGGAUUUGGUGUUGGUCUUGGUGCUAAUGUUUUAACUCGUUUUGCAUUGCAAUAUCCAUCAAAAGUCUAUGGUCUUAUUUUGAUUAAUUGUAUUGCACGUAAUGUAAAAUGGCUCGAAAGUUUGUCUAUUAAACGAGCAACAAAGGAUAUGUCACAACAACAUUGGACAGAUUCAUUGUUGAAUUAUCUUAUUGGAUAUCAUUUAGGACCUGGAACACAAGCAUCAGAUCCAGAUCUCGUAAAUAUGCUUCGACGUCAUUUAGAAGAAAAUGUUAAAGCUAAAAAUGUUAUUAAACUUCUAAAUUCAUAUUUAAAUCGUACAGCUAUUCAAAUCGAUCGAAAAGCUGAUGCGAAUAAAAGGGGUAAUGCAUCUAGAAUUCUCAAAUGUUCAGUUAUUAAUAUUACUGGAUCUUCAUCACAAUAUAAACAAGAUGUUAUGGAUACUAAUGAUCGAUUUGAUGCAACAACGGCUUCUUUUGUUGAACUUGCUGAUUGUGGUAAUGGUGUUUUACUUGAACAACCAGCAAAAUUAGCUGAAUCUAUUCGACUUUUUCUUCAAGGUCUUGGUUAUAUCUCACAUUUAAGCAUUCCACGUUAUUCCACUGCUAAUCGUUUAGCUGAACAAGCAGCUGAAUAUAAACGUCGAUAUGGUUCAUUAUCUAAAGUACCUCGUCGAUUAAGUACACAAGUUCUUUUUGGAGAUUAUGAUGACAAACAUCCCAGUGAAUUUGAAGAUAUACCUCGACUUGGUCGAGAUUCAGUCGAUAAUCGAAAAACUGAAUUUUAA